UAAUGCUACCUCAACCCAAGCAUUUAACCCAGCACCUCUGUGCCACUAACAAGAGCGGUUUUAACUAUCCAAUAGCUCUUCCUGGAGAUGCUGGUCCCCUGCAUCUUGGUUACCUACCCAAAACAGCUCCCAAAACUAAUCCAUGCUAUCAUGUCUUUAUCCAACAUCCAGUUGGUCUGCAAACCCUUCUUCCAAACUAACACUCAUUCUAUAGACUUACAUAUCUUCAUUCUUCAUUGAAGCACAUUUCAUUUAAACUUAUAUUGUACACCGUCUUCAUUUGCUUGAGUCAUCUUGUUCAUGUGCCAUUCAGAAUCAUCAUCAGUAUGGUGCUGACUGAAAUAAGAGAACUGUAAUACAGAAUGAAUGGCUGAGUGAAUGAAAGUUGGUGAUCUGAGUUCUUGCGUAAUCAUGUUUUGUUUUUAAUGUGUUUUAACCAAUGUUUGACUUGUUUUUAGACCACUAUGUGAUAUGGUCAUCUCUCUUACAUUUUUACAAUCUUGAAAUAAUCUUAAAAAUUAACCAUUCAAUAAAACUACAUCUUUAAAAGCUUUUCUGAUUACGACGACAGAAAAGUACUUCAACUUUUCUUUGUGUAAACCACUCAACUAUAGAAGAGUUCCUGAGAAGAUCAGGAACUGAGGCUGAGAUCAGAUCUGAAAAAGAGAACAACAAACUCACAGCGGAAAGAUCUGGAGAAGGGACCCCAGUGUCCAUUCCAACAACCUUCAGACUGACUAAAGAGGAACCACAGCUACAACCAAUGCUACAAAAACAGCUACAACCAAUGCUACAACCACAGUUAGAACCAAUGCUACAACCACAGUUAGAACCAAUGCUACAAAAACAGCUACAACCAAUGCUACAACCACAGUUAGAACCAAUGCUACAACCACAGUUACAAGGAAUGCCAGAGCUACAACCACAGUUAGAACCAAUGCUACAACCACAGUUACAAGGAAUGCCAGAGCUACAACCACAGUUAGAACCAAUGCUACAACCACAGCUACAACAGCUACAACCAAUGCUACAACCACAGUUAGAACCAAUGCUACAACCAAUUCUACAACCACAGUUACAAGGAAUGCCAGAGCUACAACCACAGUUAGAACCAAUGCUACAACCAAUUCUACAACCACAGUUACAAGGAAUGCCAGAGCUACAACCACGGUUAGAACCAAUGCUACAACCAAUUCUACAACCACAGUUACAAGGGAUGCCAGAGCUACAACCACAGUUAGAACCAAUGCUACAACCAAUUCUACAAUCACAGUUACAAGGGAUGCCAAAGCUACAACUACAGUUAGAACCAAUGCUACAACCAAUUCUACAACCACAGUUACAAGGGAUGCCAGAGCUACAACCACAGUUAGAACCAAUGCUACAACCACAGUUACAAGGAAUGCCAGAGCUACAACCACAGUUAGAACCAAUGCUACAACCACAGUUACAAGGGAUGCCAGAGCUACAACCACAGUUAGAACCAAUGCUACAACCACAGUUACAAGGAAUACCAGAGCUACAACCACAGUUAGAACCAAUGCUACAACCAAUUCUACAACCACAGUUACAAGGGAUGCCAGAGCUACAACCAAAGUUAGAACCAAUUCUACAACCACAGUUACAAGGAAUACCAGAGCUACAACUACAGUUAGAACCAAUGCUACAACCAGUUCUACAACCACAGUUACAACCAAUGCUACAACCACAGAUACAACCUGUGCUACAACCACAACUGCAACCUCAGCUACAACAGCUGCAACCAAUGAAUCAAACAAGAACUUCAGUUUCCGAAGAUGAAGGCUCAAAUCACAUCACAAUACAAGAGAGUGACAUGGAUCAAGAUGUCUUAGCUUUUAAGGUGGAUGUUGAAGGUGAUUUAAAUAGUUAGCUCCAUCAUUCUGCAAAUAAUGAUGAGAGCAAAAUAUUUGCCAUUGACAUUUACCACCUAACAACCAUUUAAUGUCAUCUAUUUGGAUCCAUUUUCUGAAUUUAGAAACAAAAGCAGCCCUGUUCUACAAUGUAGCUGCAUUUCAUAAUUAUUCACCAGUAAAAUUCUAUCACCAAAUAUUUAUCUAACAAAGACCAUCUCACUAAAACAUGAUAUUGUACCAUCUUGAAUCUAACUUCUAGCAGAAAGAGUGACAUUUUGAUAUAAAUAAUAAAAAAAAACACUAAGAUACAAACCUUUUGUAAGAUUAUCCAUUGUAAGGCCAUAAAUACAGUGCAGUUCAUUUAGCUAAGUUAACUUUAAAUAUGCAAUGUA